AUGAAAGCCGGACCUCUUCUUGUCAGCUGGCACAAUGAAAGCCAGCCCAUAUAUUCUGUGCACUUCGAUCCUCAUGGCAAAGGACGACUAGCAACUGCUGGAAAUGACAACAAUGUUAGGUUGUGGAGCAUCGAAGCUCAAGGAGAGGAGAGAAAAGUGACAUACCUUUCCACGCUCACAAGGCAUACUCAGCCUGUUAAUGUCGUCCGCUUUUGUCCUAAAGGCGAGAUGCUGGCUUCUGCUGGUGACGAUGGCAACGUUCUACUCUGGGUUCCAUCGGAGUCAUCGAUGACUACAUUGACCGACGAACAUGCCGACGACAAGGAAACAUGGAGGAUCAAGCAUAUGUGUCGGACAUCUAGUGGAGCCGAGAUAUAUGAUUUGGCUUGGUCCCCUGAUGGGCAGUACUUCAUCACAGGAGGAGUCGACAACACCGCAAGGAUUUUCAGUGCACAUACCGGUUCGAGUACCAUGAUCCGCCAAAUAGCAGAACACAGCCAUUUUGUGCAAGGUGUGGCCUGGGAUCCUCUCAAUGAGUUUGUUGCUACGCAGUCAUCAGACCGUUCGGUGCACAUCUACGCCCUGAGGCUCAAAGAUGGCACUCCGACGCUAUCUACACAUGGGAAGUUCAACAAGAUGGACCUGCCUGGUCGGCGGAUAUCUUCCAACAGCCCGGCUCCUCCACCAGACCUAACGCACCGGACAUCAAGUGCCAGUGCCAAUGCCAAUAGCCUCGCCAUUGCUUCUCCCGCCCCUUCAAAUCCUGGCACUCCCCUUACUACAGCUCUCCCAAUGGAUCCACCUAUGCUGACAACCUCGAGCCGCCGGUCGUCGUUCGGAUCCUCCCCCUCCUUCCGCCGCUCUGCUUCACCGGCCCCCUCGCUGCCACUCCCUGCGGUGAGACCGGAAAUAUCAUCGCCGAGCCUCAAUGCGGCAAUGGGUCUGGCCGUGAGAAAUACAAACCUCUACCAUAAUGAGACCAUGGCCUCUUUCUUCCGCAGACUCACCUUCUCUCCGGAUGGGAGUCUUUUGUUCACGCCGGCGGGCCACUAUAAGACAGCCUUCCCCACGGCGUCUGAUCCGACCAAGACCACCGAAGAAGUUGCGAACACGGUUUACAUUUACACCCGUGCUGGUUUCAACAAGCCCCCAGUGGCACAUUUGCCUGGUCACAAGAAGCCUUCCGUCGCCGUCAGAUGUUCGCCAAUACUCUAUACUUUACGGACGACAAACAAGUCGACCAAUCAUAUCACCAUUGACACAUCGUCGGCGGGCGAGGAGAUCUCCCUACUCCCCGAUCCCAUCGUUCCCCAGAACUCUUCCGCAUUCAAGGAGCCUGCGCCACUUUCGAUCUCCACGUCUGCUCCCGAAUCGAUGGCUGCACCAUACCCUAGACCUGCAGUGGAGAACGAAGCGGCCGGCUCUGCGCCACCCCCGGCCUUUGCUUUGCCAUACAGAAUGGUGUAUGCUGUUGCAACUCAAGACGCGGUCUUUGUUUACGACACACAGCAAACAUCACCUUUGUGCGUAGUGAGUAAUCUUCACUAUGCUGCUUUUACCGAUUUGACGUGGUCCAAUAACGGUCUCACUUUGCUCAUGUCAUCAACGGACGGAUAUUGCUCGACAUUGGCUUUCACGCCUGGUGAAUUAGGCCAAGUCUACACCGGGCCUCAUCCAACGUACAACCAUCCCGUCGUUUCUACUUCGAUUUCCCUGCCAACGUCAUCGUCCAAUUCCACGCCCGUACCGACCCCUACUGCAACCGCUUCGCCCUCAUUGACGAAAGCGUCCCCGGUCCCUGUACCGCCAUCCCACCCUUCUCCAGCACCUUUUGUGCUCCGUCCUGGAAGCCCGGCGAGAUCCAAUUCGCAAUCCUCGAUAGCAACGAUGGUAUCAAUACAGGCUUCCAGCCUGACCAAUAAUCCCACUCCGACCAUGGGCCAUGUGCCACUUGUCACAGCCUCCAACUCGGGCCCUCCUGUGGCCAUACCUCCAAUGUCAACGCCGCCCCAAACACCAGCAAGUGUAUAUGGCGGCCACCAUUCUGCCACUAGCUCGGUCAGUGGAGGAAUUCUAGGGAAGCGAGAUGUCGGAACAACAAGUGAAAGCGAGAAGGAGGAGAGCAAAUCCAAGAGGCGAAGAAUAGCCCCCACUCUUGUUGGCCCUUCAGGGUCGGCGGAAAAUCCAAAGACGGAAGAAAAGUCGUAG